GGGGGCUGGAUUCAUUCCAUACGUACAUGAACGUAAGAUGCAGCGUGACGUGAUGACGCAGCGCCAGACCCGGAAGUGAUGUUUAGUCAGCUGACUGAAAACAACAACAACAUCAGAGGAGCUCCGGGAAAAUAACGGGAAUACUGCUCCUUAGUACCGGGGAUACUGCUCCUUCCUCCCGAGAAUACUGCUCCUUAGUACCGGGGAUACUGCUCCUUCCUCCCGGGGAUACUGAUCUUUCUUAGUACCGGGGGUACUGCUCCUUCUUAGUACCGGGGAUAUUGCUCCUUCCCUCGGGGGUCUCAGAGUGGUCCUCCUCCCUGGUUCUCCCCCCUUCUCUCGAUGUGGAUUCCCCCGGAGGAGGUGCUGCUGGCCGGGCCUCUGUGGGUCUCUGAGCGGGCAAACCCCUUCUUCAUCCUGCAGAGGAGGAGAGGACAUGGCCGAGGAGGGGGGCUUUCCGGUCUGCAGGUGGUGUACAUACCCUGGACGUGGUUCUGGACUCCAGCGCCCGGGUCGCUCCCUAUCGGAUCCUCCUGCAGACGGCUGGCGCUCAGAUCUACUGGAACAUCGCAAGCG